AGAUGCAUGGCGAUGGCGAUGGGCACGGCCACGGCCACUCGCACGGUCAUGGGCACGGCCAUGAUUGCGAACAAGAGCACAAGGAUAUGCUGGAAUCAGUUGAUGAGAGGUGGUUGUACGACAGCAUCGAUACGGUGAACGUGCGGGCACUGAACGCGUCCCCUGAUCACGGCAUCCUUCAUGCGAUCAAACCCUUCGAUCAGAGGUUCGACACCACCAGAUGGCUGGAGAGCGACGCUGACGAGCAGAUCCUAAUCAAUAUCCCCUUCACAGGCAGCGUGAAGCUCAAGGCCUUCAGCCUGGGAUCAGGGGCAGGAGACAGCGGGCCAUGCAGGAUCAAAGCAUACAUCAACAGAGACGACAUCGACUUUGACAACGUGUCCAACCUGCCGGCGCUUCAGACGUGGGAGCUGGCGAGGGACAACCCCCCCGACGCGGAACACAUGUUCAAAGUGUCCAAGUUCAACCGCGUUCGUAUCCUCACUCUGCUUAUCGACUCCAACCAUGGCGACGACACGACCAAGAUAACCUACCUGGCGUUCAAAGGGAUCUUCACCGAACUCAAGACGGAGCCCGUGGUUGCGGCCUACGAGCUUCGCCCGAUGCCAGGUGACCUGCGCAAUAAGAUCGAGCAGUCUGCGAUGAACAACCUUGGAAUGGGAUAGAGAAUUGAUCCCAUCUCCUCUUGUAAAGUUUCGAUCGCAAGUAUGCUCACAGAUUUGGUGUCUCACGGAUUUGUUGUGUUACAAGUGUGUCGUGUUACAUCUCAGGGCAAUACAGCAACCCUUCUUCG